UUUUCAUUGAAUAGGUCUAAAAAUAACCCGUGCUUUAGUAGCCUCAAUAGGUCAUCAUAAGAAACCAGGAAUUGUAAAUACUGUCUUUUUUAUCGUGGGUUCGAAGGUGCUAAUAUUGUUGCAAAAUAAGAAUUGGUUACAAAAUUUACGAAUGAGUAUCGACCGUUACCGGUGUGAUUUAACGUAGGAAAACGACGGACAGAAGGAGAGCGAAGAUAGCUCAGUCCUCGUCUCAUCGACCGACCUUUGUCAGCAACGUUUAUCAAAGCACGGUAAGUCCACAUUACAUAACAAUAGACAAGAACUCUAUAUUAAACUGUGUAAUAUUGCGGAUGCUGUCUGUGGAUUGUUUUUUGUGAGAAGGCUAAAUCUAGCAAAGAUAUUCAUCGAUGGAGUACAGUAGAAUAUAUUAAUACAAUUGCGAGGUGCAUCCGGCGGGAGGGAUGUGUGGCAAAUGCUUUACCACCAAUAGCGUGCGACAAGCGUAUGCUGAUGAUAAAGAUCGCUACCGAGGCGAGGCAGACUACGGCGUUUAAUUGAUGCGAUUUUUACAAAUACAAUUUUCACUUUCUGCUUGGGUUAAUUCAUGUCAUGAACCAAACCCAAGGGACGGCGUUUGAGUUGUCCUUGAUUUCUUUAAACUGAAUAUAUUUUCGACAGGCGAACACAGAUCAAAUAGGCCUACUAUUCUCAAAACAUACUACGGACGAUUUAUCGGAUUUGUUUGGUAGAAAGACACCAGCGUCCAACACAUCACAUCUAGACAGAAAGGCGCACCAUCCUUCAAGGGACACCCUCAGGCUUACCGUUUUUUUGUCAUUGAAUAACUUGAUACAAUAUGUCAUCAUCGCCUGCGCGAUCUUCAAAUGGGCAUAGCCCAGAAGAAUAUCAAAAUGGUAAUACUGUACCAGGAGGUAGAAAAAAAUUGGAUUUGCAUAGCCUUAGUGAAGGAGUCGCAACCCUUAUAUGUCCUUCGAAUUCUUUUAUGAUCGAUGUUCUUCGGAGAGUAUAUGCUUGUUAUCACCAUCAAAUCCCAGAAAUGUGUCUACACAUGAAUAACGUUCGUAUAGACGACGAUGGUUAUAGAAUGUUUGAUGAAGACGAAUUUACACAACUACUAAAUACAGCAUCCGAAACUCUUGGUGUAGAAUACCCUAUUAUAGUUGAGCGUUUAGGAGAAGAAUUUUUCUGCUUGUGUUUUGAAAAGUACGGCCGAGACUUAGGUACAAUCGGUGGAACACUGUUUGACUUCUAUAGCAAUCUAGACGGACUCAAACAAUACGUAACGGAAUGUGGCAGCAUAAGGCAAGAAAAGUUGUCGUAUUUCCGGUGUUCCCGCCAGACAGACUCGUUGCAAUUGUAUUUCUACUCAGACAGCAAACUACUACGAGAUAGCAUGGUAGGCCACCUAAGAAUGAUAUCGGUACUUCUUUUCAAUACGUUUGUCGAAGUAUCCCGAAUGAACAUAGAUAAUGGCAGUCCUGGUAUAUACUGUAUUCAACCGUUGUCUGACAACACCUCGAACGAUCUAAUCGGCGGCGAGUUCAACUUACCUUCCAAAGUCGGUGAAUCCAGAGUAAAGGUCCUAACGUUCUGUAAAUCUUUUCCUUUCCAUGUGGUGUUCGACAGGAGUUUAACUAUUAUCCAAGCUGGAGAUUCUGUUCUAAGAUUUUUAACGCAGGAUGAUGACUUCGCGAAUUUGAAUCUGAAUGAUUGUGUAACAUUCAUGCAACCAGCUCUGGAACCGGUUGAUUUUGAGUCGAUUAUUGAUCAUAUCAAUUUCCCGUAUAUUUUACGAACAAGACCGGGAACCAAGGGUAACCAAGAGUCUGAGGCAACGGAAAUUAAAGGGCAGAUGAUCUUUAUAUUUGAAAUGGACUGUGUGCUGUUCCUUGGAUCACCUUGUGUAGCAAAGCUUGAGGAACUUACCGGGCGUGGCCUGUAUUUGGCCGAUAUACCGAUACACGAUGCUACCCGUGACGUCAUACUUAUGGGAGAGCAGACCAAGGCUCAAGAUGGCCUCAAAAGACGUAUGGACAAGCUAAAAGACAAAUUAGAACAGACUAGUAAAGCGUUAGAUGUAGAGAGAAAGAAGAACGUUGAUUUACUUGAAUCAAUUUUUCCCGCCGAUGUUGCCAAAAAACUUUGGCGCGAUGAGCCCGUGGAGUCUAGGACCAUCGAAUCUGUAUCAAUGCUGUUCUCCGACUUAGUUGGCUUCACAGCGAUCUGUUCCACUGCUACGCCUAUGAUGGUUGUAAAUAUGCUUAACACUCUUUACACCGAAUUUGAUACGUUCUGCGAAUUUCUCGAUGUCUAUAAAAUGCGGAUAGGACUCCACACAGGUUCGGUAGUUGCCGGCAUCGUAGGUCGCAAGAUGCCACGCUACUGCUUGUUCGGCAACAACGUCACUCUAGCAAAUAAGUUUGAAUCACAUAGUGAAGCCGACAAGAUUAAUGUUAGCCCAACCACUCACGAGCUUCUUGUCAAAACCAAAGGAUUCAUUUUCACGGAGAGGCCAAUCGAGACAUUACCUGAGGGUUCGCUUUCGGUUCAUCCAGGAACUUGUUAUUUUCUUGAAGGAUACAAUGCGUCGGCAGCCGAAAGCAAUGCCGUGAACGCCAUAUCAAGAUAACACAGAAGGAAAGAAAUGCGUUCGAAAGAUAAAACGUGCACACGCGUUCGAGCGUUCGAACAUAGAACAAUAUAUUGUAAUUUUAUGGGAAGGGAAACACAUGGGGGUGGGAAAUGCUGCAUGGGAUUUAUGAAUCAUCCGUAAAAAAAUACGGCACAAGUUGGUGGUUUGUGUAUGUACGUAGAUUCGAAUAAUCCCAGCAACACUGGUAUGCUGUGUCUAUCAACACAAUUAGCAUAAUAUGAUAGUGUCAACUAUAAACGUUGAUGGCAUCUACCAUAAUCACUAUCGUGCCUGCCAUAGUAAAAGUAUGACUAGACCCAUAAUAUAGGCCUAUGCCAUUAACGUGAUUCUAACAGUUGUUACAAAUAUUAUCUAUAGACCAUAUGUGAUUAUGGUUUCUCCGAUCACUGCUGGUUUGAUAUGGUUCCGACUAUUACCACAAUAUACGACAUGGUGUGUACCAUCAACUCUAGUGUGAUAUGGUGUCUACUAACACCACCAGCGUAUGGUACGCUCUCUGUCAUCAUUAGCAUGAUAUGAUGUUAACAUUGUAAGUUUGAUGUGGCUUCUAUCAUUAUCGUGUGAAACAAUUAUAUUGAAGAUAUAACAACCACACCUCUUGGAAAAUCUUGGUCAUAUUGUUAUGCAGUUUCUGUUCAUAUAUUUCUUUUAAACAACCGGAGAUAUCGAUGCUAAUUAUGACAAACGUGUGCCUUUUCACGCUCGAGUAUCGAUAGAUAUUGAUGUCGUGUGUGUGAAUUUGAGACGUAAUUCAAUCGUUUUGCUUGAUAUCAAAGGGUUUUGGCUCAACGAUCGUUUUAAUAGUUAUCUUAAAUUUUACUUCGAUAACACCACUAAUAAUAAUAAUAAUAAUAAUAAUAAUAAUAAUAAUAAUAAUAAUUAUAAUGAGUAAUGAUA